CCAGGGUAGGUUGGCACGGACGCCGAUGCUGGACCUACAGGCUGCAGCUAAAACGCCCAGUUGAAUCCGCAACUAAUACGUUUGGGGUGUUUUUCUUCCUCCCCUUCAGUUCGCACUCUAAAGUAUGACUAUGUCAUGAGGAAUGCACAGGUUUGCAGUGGGUCUUUGACAGCCAGUUCUUUUUUUCUUGCACCCCUCUUUUCUCGGGUCUGAAAAAAAAUGGAUUAGCCGCGCACGAGUCUUAAUUCCUGGAUGCGAUUUGUAUAAGUUUAAAAAAUAACGUCCGCGUGCUUGAUCUGGGCUUGCUGGUUUUUAAAGCUGCUGCAGCGUGAUAGGAAGACUACAAGAACAUUACUAAAAGUAACACGCUAUCUGAGCUAAAGACAGCAAGCUAACAAGCUGUAUGUAUAUUUUCUUAAGCUUUCUCUUCCUGCUAAUUGGAUUGCACUUCACCAGUCAAAGAUUUCUUCGCAGUACUGGUCAGGCUGCUGCGGAGGUGGACCGGGACGAAAGAUGGGACUACCCGCUCUGGAAUUCAGCGACUGCUAUCUGGACAGUCCGCAGUUCAGGGAGAGGUUGAAAUCUCAUGAGCUGGAACUAGAGAAGACGAGCAAGUUUAUCAAGGAGCUGAUCAAAGAUGGGAAGGCGCUCAUACAAGCACUGAAAAACCUGUCCAUGGCCAAGAGGAAGUUCGCAGAGUCCCUGAACGAAUUCAAGUUCCAGUGCAUCGGGGAUGCUGAGACGGAUGAUGAAAUAUGCAUUGCCAAGUCGCUGCAGGAGUUUGCCGGCGUGUUGCGGAACCUGGAGGAUGAGCGGACCCGCAUGAUCGAAAACGCCGGCGAUGUCCUGAUCACCCCACUGGAGCGGUUCCGGAAGGAGCAGAUCAGCGCUGCCAAGGAGGCCAAAAAGAAGUACGAUAAGGAGACUGAGAAGUACUGCGGGGUCCUGGAGAAGCACUUGAGCCUGUCGUCUAAGAAGAAAGAGGCGCACCUUCACGAGGCGGACAGCCAGGUGGACCACGUGCGCCAGCACUUCUACGAGGUCUCGUUGGAGUACGUCUUCAAGGUGCAGGAGGUCCAGGAGCGGAAGAUGUUUGAGUUUGUCGAGCCGCUGCUGGCAUUCCUCCAGGGGCUGUUCACGUACUACCACCACGGGUACGAGCUGGCCAAGGACUUCAACCACUUCAAGACGGACCUCACCAUCAGCAUCCAGAACACGCGGGACCGCUUCGAGAGCACGCGGUCUGAGGUGAAGUCUCUGAUGGAGAAGAUGAAGGAGAACCCUCACGAACACAAGAGCGUCAACCCCCACACCAUGGAGGGGUACCUGUUCAUACAGGAGAAACGAUCCUUUGUGUCUUCCUGGGUGAAGUACUACUGCACGUACCACCGUGAGCCCAAGCGGAUCACCAUGGUGCUGUUCGACCAGAAGUCUGGAGGCAAAGUGGGGGAAGAAGAAUCCUUCGUACUGAAGUCUUGCACCCGGAGGAAGACGGAUUCCAUUGAGAAGCGCUUCUGUUUCGACGUGGAGGCAGUGGACCGACCUGGUGUGAUCACCAUGCAGGCUCUCUCUGAGGAGGAUCGGCGGCUGUGGAUGGAGGCCAUGGACGGCAGAGAGCCGGUCUAUAAUUCAAACAGAGACAGCCAAAGUGAAGGAAUGGCUCAGCUGGAUGUGGUCGGCUUCAACGUCAUCAAGAAGUUCAUCCAUGCCGUGGAGACCAGAGGUAUCGACGAGCAGGGUCUGUACCGGAUCGUGGGAGUGAACUCCAGGGUUCAGAAGCUCCUCGGCGUGGCCAUGGACCCCAAAACCUGUGCGGACGUGGAGCUGGAGAGCCAGGAAUGGGAGAUCAAGACCAUCACCAGUGCACUGAAGCACUAUCUCAGGAUGCUGCCCGCCCCCCUCAUGACCUACCAGUUCCAGCGAAGCUUCAUCAAAGCUGCCAAACUGGACAAUCCGGAGGCCCGGAUCUCGGAAAUCCACAGCAUCGUGCACCGGCUCCCGGAGAAGAACAGGCAGAUGCUGGAUCUGCUCAUGAAACACUUGGCAAAUGUGGCCAGCCACCAACGGCACAACCUCAUGAACGUGGCCAAUCUGGGCGUGGUCUUCGGCCCCACCCUGCUGAGGCCGCAGGAGGAGACCGUGGCGGCCAUCAUGGACAUAAAGUUCCAGAACAUCGUCAUCGAGAUCCUCAUCGAGAACCACGAGCGGAUUUUCAAGGACCUGCCCGCGAACUCUCAGCGACAGCCCCUCCGGAGGCAAAGCACGGAGACCAAGGCCCCCUCCUGCAGCGAGAGACCCCUCACCUUCUUCCCCACACCCCCGCCCGCCGAAAAAGUGGAGAAGAGGAACAGCGUGGUUCUGAACUCGAGCGCUGACUCCGUCCUGACCCAUGGCUCAGUAAACUCCAACAGCACGGCUGGCAGAACCCACCUCAACAGCCUGACGGGCAGCGAGCCAGACCUGGAGGGGCCUCCACUGGGGAAGCAAGCCCGCCCAAACUCCCUGCUGAACCCAAAGAGCCGAUCGAGCGUCCCCACCAGCCCCGCCUCCCCCAGCCCCACCUCGCCACGCUCCCCCUCCUGGCCGAUGUUCUCCGCCCCCUCCAGCCCCCAGCCAGCCUCCUCCACCUCCAGCGACUCCUCCCCCAUCAGCCCACCAUUCCGGAAAGCGCGGGCCCUCUACGCCUGCAAGGCUGAGCAUGAGUCAGAGCUGUCCUUCAUCGCUGGGACCAUCUUCGAGAACGUUCACCCCUCUCGUGAGCCCGGCUGGCUGGAAGGCACCCUGGGCGGGAGGACGGGACUGAUACCAGAGAAUUACGUGGAGUUUCUGUAACUCCUGAGGUCAGGGGUCGGAGGUCAUAACCUUGGAAGAGGCCAAGAAAGCCCCCUGGAGGGGCCGUGUGUGUGUGUGUGUGUGUGUGUGUGUGUGUGUGUGUGUGUGUACGAGUUAGAGAAAAAGUGUCAGUCUGUUGAAAGCUUGCGUGUGUUGACCAGUGUGAGCUGGUUUUAUUUUUUCCUCUGACUCAUUGAGAUGAGCUUCUGAGCUCAGAGCUCCACAGAUCAGACACAGGGCCCUGCCGCUCGAGGGCUGUACUGCCAGGCAUAACAAACACUGAAUCUGACCCGUCAGUUUAAAGCACCAUUCUGUUCGGCCAUGCAACUUGCCCUCCAUUGCAACAAAAACUGACUUUUAAUUCUCAAAUUAUCUUAAAUCUACCAUAGAAUCUUAUAUCCAUUAUUUCAGUAUAAGUUUUUCUCAUCUAGUCCACUAUUACUACAAUUCCCAGAAUUCAAUUAAUAAUGCGUGUCAUUCACUAAUCUUUUAUUGCCGCGUAAUUGAGAGUUUGACAUUUCUGAACUUCAUAAAACGCAAAAAUCAUAUAUUUUGAAAAUUAUGAAAACAUUUUUUUGACAACUCCACAUUUCAGUGGAACAUGGAUGGAACUUUAUCAACGUAUCUAGAAUUUGUCAUGUUUUUAAGGUGUGUGCGAUAUUUAUCUAUUUAGAUUUUAUCAACUACUGUCCUCUAACAGGACAUGAGAUUUUCUCUUAAAAUUUCCGAAAUAUUCUGACAUGCUCCAUGUCGAGGAAGGAAUCAUGAACAAUGCCAAGCACAUCAUACAGAGCAUCAGAAAGAAGCAUAAUGCAAUAGUUGACCUCUGGCCUUUGACCUUUGUUGCAAUGGAAGACGCAGUUCCAGCCUAAAUUCAGUUUUGCCCCGUAGCAGGGUUUGUUGUAAUUGAGCCUAAAACAAGCAGCGCUUAGCUUCUUGAAAGUUUUUUUUUUUUUUUUUGUCACGGUCUGUCUGUUUUUACUGAACUACUAUGAAGAAUCUGGGAUGUUAAACUGGGGAGGAAUGGUUCGCUUUCCUUAAUGCAUAAGGUGCAUUCAACUUUCUUUCGGGAAAACCCUUUUUUGCAGCAAUAUAAAUGUGGAAAUAGUAAAAAAAAAAAUAUAUAUAUAUAUAUAUAUAUAUAUAUUGUGAAACUGGGCGACUUUGAUCUUUAUGUAAUCUCUGCUAUUUAUAAUACAUUGAAAUAAUAUUCUAGGUUGGGGUCCCAAAUGGCUUUAUUUUAUUGGGUGUGUAUGGUAUUAACAUUUGUAAAUAGUGGCAUUUGAUAAGGUAUCAUUUUUCUAAGUACAAAUUUUUUUAUAUUUUCUAUUGUAGCAUACUAACUUAAUUUUUUUUUUAGCAAUUUGAUUUUUUUAAUGUGUCCAUUUUGAGCCUGCCUUAAUAUUGUUUAUUGGAGAUUUAUAUGAGCAUUGUACAGAUUUUCUUCUCAUUAAAGACCAACACAAAGGGACUGUGAA